CCCAUGUGCUCCUCUAUUUAUUUGGGAGGUCCCCGGUUACAUCACUGAGGCUGCUUCUGAAGGAAGGGGGGUCAUUUCAGCAGCCCCAGUUAGACACAAUACAUGAUUAUUCAGAAAUGCAAAUGUGCUGACACUCGUGAUAUCGCCCUGUCUCUGCUUUGUCUGCGUCACGGUACUCGGUGUUCUGCACACAAACACUGAUACGAGACGACUCGCAAUCUUGGAUUGCAAGUUGUCCCUUUGCACAGAUAGAAAAGUACAACUUCAGCACAAUUGAUAAUAACUAUAGCAACGGCCUUUAAGCAUAAGAGUUGUGAGAUAACUUACACAUAAUUAUUCUAACAGUCAUGACAGAAAAUAAUUGAGAAGCACUGCCAAUACUAAAAAGGGGCUUGACCUUUCAGUCUUACUCUGUCUUUUCCCUCACAGGUACAGCAUUGUAUCAAACAACUUACCAGCGGAGGGGAACCUGAAGAUCUCCAGCUUGGAUCUCCAUAACGGCCAUUCUUCCUCCUCCGUCCCCUUACACUGUGACACAGAAGAAGAGGAAGCGGACAAGAGGAGAAGGAGGCGGUCAGGAGCCUCCACUGCAGUGCCAGGCUCAAGGGGACGAGGCGGCAUGAACAACCACAACGGGAGGGUUCUGACCAGGGGCUCCAGCCAGGUACGGAGCCGCUUCGUGAAGAAAAACGGACAAUGCAAUGUUGUCUUCACCAACAUGGAGGAGAAGAGGCAGCGCUAUCUAGCAGACAUUUUCACCACCUGCGUGGACACCCACUGGCGAUACCUGCUCUUUAUAUUCUGCGUCAGCUUCAUCAUCUCCUGGCUUUUCUUUGGCAUCAUCUUUUACAGCGUCUCCCUCUCGCACGGGGACUUUGAGGAGCACCGCACGGCGAAGAACGAAGGGCUAGCAACAGAGGGGUUGACUGCGCCCUUCUCUGGACAAACCACUGGAGGACCGGCCAAAAGGAUCCCUUGCAUCCUCCACGUCCAGGGCUUCGUCGGUGCCCUCUUGUUUUCCAUGGAGACGCAGACCACCAUCGGCUAUGGCUGGCGCUGCGUCACCGAGGAGUGUCCCGCGGCGGUCAUAACCGUGAUUAUUCAAUCCAUCGUAGGCUGCAUCAUCGACUCUUUCAUGAUUGGCACCAUCAUGGCCAAGAUGGCACGGCCAAAGAAGAGGAACCAGACGCUCAUUUUCUCCAAAAACGCCGUCGUUGCCCUUCGCGAUGGCAAGCUGUGCCUGAUGUGGAGGGUGGGGAACCUGCGUAGGAGCCACAUUGUGGAGGCUCACGUGCGGGCGCAGCUCAUCCGGUCCUACGUGACGGUGGAAGGGGAAUUCAUCCCCUUGGAGCAGAUGGACCUCAACGUGGGCUACGACGAGGGUACAGACAGGUUGUUUCUGGUGUCCCCGCUGGUUAUCGUCCAUGAGAUAGACAAAGACAGCCCCUUGUAUGCGAUAAGCCAAGCCGAUCUGGAGACGGACGCAUUCGAGAUUGUCGUGAUACUAGAAGGAAUGGUGGAGGCCACGGCCAUGACCACCCAAUUCCGUAGCUCCUAUCUUUCCAGGGAAAUCUUCUGGGGCCACAGGUUCGAACCGGUCAUCUACGAGGACCGCAACUGCUACAAGGUGGAUUACGGCCGCUUCCACAAGACCUACGAGGUGCCGUUAACGCCCCACCUCAGCGCCAAAGAGCUCGACGAGGCUGCGGGUCGGGCUUCCUCUGUGGUUUCUCCCGCCUCUGCCUGCAUGUCCUCAAAGGACUUGGUCCCUCGCUCCGUCAGCACCUUCUGCUACGAGAACGAGGUCGCGCUGAGCUGCGGGGAGGACGAGGAAGACAUCUUUGGGAAGGACAGAGCAGAGGAGAGAAGGACUUCGGUGUCUAUAGACUUCCAAAGUAUGUUCAAAGACACCUCCACCAUUACCUCUGGGAGUCAUAAUGUCCUGUGUGUUCUGGACAUGGACAAUAACCAGAUGGAGUUCGACAUCCUACACACUUCAAUUCCUCUUGAUCCAGUGACCUAUAAGAACGAGCCCGAGAUGUAAGGAAGUGCAAUGAACUUUUUCAGUACUGUGCGCAGGUUCGGAUUCCAUAUAGUGACAUCCUCUUUUUAUGGAGGGACAAAUGGGACAACAUUAAAUAAAACGAUUCAUUCUUUAGUGAGACAUUUAGGAAACUAUUUCAUCAAUUAUAAUUGGAAUUAAAUGCAUAAAUGUGUUAUUUAUCAUUUAUUUAUAUCACGGGUGUCAAACUCAUUUCGGCUCAGGGGCCACAUGGAGGAAAAACUAAUCCCAAGUGGGCCGGACUGGUGAAAUCAUGGGACGAUAACUUCAAAAUAAAGACAAUUUCAGAUUGUUUUCUUUGUUUUACUUUGACCAACAACAAAAAAACAUUUUGAAAAUGUACAAAUCACAAAUAAUCCUCUUGAUAAUUCUGAGGAAAAUAAAUGUAUGCAGUUUCAAAAACACAACGAAGAGGACAAUGAACUCAACAAACAAUACAAACGUAGGAGUUGCACUCGGCUCUCACUCUUCUCCUUUUUGACAGAAACAUUUUGGGGCAAUCAGGCUGACAAAUCAGAAGAAGAAUCAGAAGAGUUUUUAUUGCCAUUGUUUAAGAACGGGUUCACAAACUAGGAAUUGUUGUUGGUGCAACAAAAAAACACAUCUAACACAGAAUAGGUAAUAACAUGAGCUGUAACUGAGCUAUCAGAUCUUGUUAUUGUUCAUGUGUGAUAGCCGAGGGGAAAAACUGUUCAGGUGGCGGGAGGUGUGGGUCUGGACUCUGGAUGGAGCGUAGUCUCCUGCCUGAGGGGAGAG